AUGGAGAACUUUGUGAACAUGGGCAAGCAGUUCCUGCAAAACCAAGGCCAGGGCCAGGGCCAGGGCGGUAUGCCCCAGGGCGGUGGCCAGCAGGGCGGCGGUGGCGGCGGCUUUGACCUCAACAGCAUUAUCGGCCACGCUACCCAGCACGACAACCAGCAGCAGGGCGGCGGCAACCAGCAGCUCUUUGGCCAGGUCGCGCAGUUCCUGCAGAACAAGCAGAGUAACGGCCAGAUCGACGAGAAUGUCGACGAGAACCAGCUCAAGAAUGCCUUCCACAAGGUCAUGGGCAACGGUGGCGGCAGCAACAACUCGCAAGACAUUGGCCAGGCUGCGGCUGUCAGCGCGGUCAUGUCGCACUUUGGCGGAGGCGGCCAGCAGCAACAGGGUGGCAUUGACUCGCUGGUCGGCAAGGCCAUGUCCAUGGCCGGCUCGGCGGCGAGCAAGAACGGCGGCAACCAACAGGACGCCAUGAACCACGCCAGCGAGACGGUGAUGAAGCUCGUCAUGAAGCACAAGCUCCAAAGCAUGAUGGGCGGCGGCGGCGGCGGCAACGUGUCGCAGCUGAUGAGCCUUCUUUCGUAG